AAAGAGAGGGCAGGCGAGGAGGAGAGGAAGCUGCGAUCAACACAGGCAGGGCGUCUGAGCCUAAACAAGGACAAAGUGAUCACGGUAUCAAUGCUCUAACAAUGGACUUAGCAGAUAUGCUUGUCGUCAAAUUCUUCUGUUUCGUCUACUUAAUAAAUUACACCCAGGGUUAUCAUUAUGGGAACCCCCUGAACAAGUAUGUGCGUCACUACGAGGGUCUGUCCUAUAACACCUAUGAGUUACAGGACAAGCACCUGAGAGCCAAGAGGGCCCUCCACCACCAAGACACAUUUCUCCAUCUAGACUUCCACGCACACGGAAGACAUUUUAACCUGAGGAUGAAGAGAGACACCAGUCUGUUUGCUGAGGACCUGAAGGUAGACAUGGGAGGACAGGAGGUGAACUAUGACACCUCUCAUAUCUACACUGGAGAAAUAUAUGGUGAGAAAGGUACCCUGAGCCAUGGGUCUGUGGUGGAUGGGAAGUUUGAGGGCUUCAUCCAGACGUACCAGGGGACGUUCUACGUAGAGCCAGCUGAGCGAUACCUGAAGGACCGGGACGUUCCCUUCCAUUCAGUUAUCUACCACGAGGACGACAUCAAUUACCCCCACAAGUAUGGUCCAGAGGGGGGCUGUGCCGACCACUCUGUGUUUGAGAGGAUGAAGAAAUACCAGGCCACCGCCAUGGAGGAGCCAAACAAGAAGCUCCAUGCAGAGGAGGCGUCCAGUGACCCGGUGUUGCUGAGGAAGAGGAGGACGGCUCAGAUAGAGAAAAACACCUGCCAACUCUUCAUCCAGACAGACCACCUCUUCUUCAAGUACUACAAGACCAGGGAGGCUGUCAUCGCACAGAUCUCUAGUCACAUCAAGGCUAUUGAUGCCAUCUACCAGGGAACAGACUUCAUGGGUAUCCGGAACAUCAGCUUUAUGGUCAAGAGGAUACGGAUCAACACUACUACAGAUGAGAGGGACCGGUCCAACCCAUUCCGCUUCGCUAACAUCGGCGUGGAGAAGUUCCUGGAGCUGAACUCUGAGCAGAACCAUGAUGACUACUGUCUGGCCUACGUCUUCACUGACAGGGACUUUGAUGAUGGUGUGCUGGGUCUGGCCUGGGUUGGAGCUCCUGCAGGGAGUUCUGGAGGGAUCUGUGAGAAGAGUAAGCUGUACUCUGACGGGAAGAAGAAGUCCCUGAAUACCGGCAUCAUCACUGUUCAGAACUACGCCUCCCACGUCCCUCCGAAGGUCUCACACAUCACCUUUGCCCACGAGGUGGGACACAACUUUGGCUCGCCGCAUGACUCGGGGUCAGAGUGCACCCCAGGGGAGUCGAAGACCCAGGAUAAGAAGGAGAAGGGGAACUACAUCAUGUACGCCCGGGCCACAUCAGGAGACAAGCUCAACAACAACAAGUUCUCCGUCUGUAGCGUCAGGAACAUCAGCCAGGUCCUGGAGAAGAAGAGGGGAAGCUGCUUUGUCGAGUCAGGCCAGCCCAUCUGUGGUAAUGGGUUAGUGGAGCCAGGGGAGGAGUGUGACUGUGGAUACAGCGAUCAGUGCAGAGACCAGUGUUGCUAUGACGCCGACCAGCCUGACAACAGGAAGUGUAAACUAAAACCCAACAAAGUCUGCAGUCCCAGCCAGGGCCCGUGCUGUACUCCUGAGUGCUACUAUAAGGGCCGGAAUGAGAAGUGUCGUGAGGAGUCUGAGUGUGCUCAUCAGGGCAUGUGUAACGGGGGUACGGCCCAGUGCCCCACCUCUGAACCCAAGGCCAACUUCACCGCCUGCCACGGAGAAACUCAAGUGUGCCUCAACGGGGGCUGUUCUGGCUCCAUCUGUGAGAAGUAUGGUCUGGAGGUCUGUACCUGUGCCAGCGUGGAGGGCAAGGACGAGACUGACGAGCUGUGCCACGUUUGCUGUAGUGAGAAAAUGAACCCCAACACCUGCAGCAGUACGGGUUCAGAGAAGCUGGCCCGGUUCUUCAAUAAGAAAGUCACCACGCUGCCCGCGGGGUCUCCCUGCAACGACUUCAAGGGCUACUGUGACGUGUUCAUGAGGUGUCGGCUGGUGGACGCGGACGGCCCUCUGGCCAGACUGAAGAAGGCCAUCUUCAACCCUGAGCUCUAUGAGAACAUUGCAGAGUGGAUAGUGGCUCACUGGUGGGCAGUGUUGUUGAUGGGCAUCGCUCUGAUCAUGUUGAUGGCUGGCUUCAUUAAGAUCUGUAGUGUCCACACCCCUUCCAGCAAUCCCAAACUGCCUCCACCCAAACCACUACCAGGCACGCUAAAGAGGAGGAGAGCCCAGCAGCACGCACGGGACGCCCGAGACGCCCAGGUGCACCAGUCCCAGUCCCACCACGGAGGUGGAGAUCACGGCCAGCACCACCCAGUCUCCGGAGGCCAGCGGCAGCAGCCCUCACGCCAGGCCCAGCCACAACCCCAGCCUCAGAGGCAUCACCGCAGCCAGGGCCAGCCUAGAGAAAACUACCAGAUGGGUCAGAUGAGACGCUGAGCUGUUGAGACACUGGGGCUCGGGGUGGGACCGCUCGGGGUGGGACCGCUAGGUCCGCUGCUCCUUCCAUCGACUGCUCCUUGCCUUGGCUCCUCCACGUGCCUAUCUAUGUAACUGGUGGGACUGGGAUUUGAACCGAUUUGUGGGAUUUUAAUCCGGGUCUCCAGGGUGGGAAUCUGACGUCCUAACCAUUUAGAUCAACAUGAUUUUCUUAGCCUUUUCUUGAUUAGGAUUGAUGGAAUCAAGGGAAAGGGAAUCACACUUUAGUUUUUACACGUUUUUUGGUUGUUGGAUUUCCUCUUGGUCUAAUGGUUAAGGUGUUGGGUUGCCACGUGGGAGGACCUGGGUUCGAAUCCCACCGGUUUACACCUAACAGUAGGAUAAAACACUUGCUUCAGUCCUUCCAAAGAACAGCCUAUACUGGUUGUUUACCAUCCUCAUACCCUCCAUCUACAAACAAAACAGAGUUGAGAAAGUGAGAAUAAACGGACCCCCCACCCCCUCCAACGACCACCACUGACUAGAGCCUGCAGCACGGCUGACCUCUUCAGUCUUGUUUUCUGUGGCUCUCUAUGUGCAGUGGAAUCCACCAUCAGUCAUUUUGUUUGACCAUCCACCAUUUUUUUUUUUUUUUUUUUUUUUGUGGAGUGGAAGUGACCAUCCACCAUUUUGUUUUGUGGAGUGGAAGUGUCCAUCCACCAUUUUGUUUUGUGGAGUGGAAGUGACCAUCCACCAUUUUGUUUUGUGGAGUGGAAGUGACCAUCCACCAUUUUUUUUUGUUUUUUUUGUUUUUUUUUGGAGUGGAAGUGACCAUUGGCCAUUUCCAAUGCAGUAGGUCUUCGGUCUGCCUCUUUUUCCCACCAAAUCUUUCUUUCAAUGGAGUGCCAACGAGUGGAGGAAUGGAAUGGUUUCAUCACGUGUAGCUUUACUACCUUCGGUCAUGUUUUUUCUUUUCGAUUUGUAAAGUACCUCCUCUUUGAGUGACAACACCCAUGUGAUCCGUGGCUCCUGGUUGGUUGAAAUGUUUUGUCAGCCAUAGUAGCCAGGAAAUGAAGUGAAAAACACUCGGAGGAGAUUUACUUGUACUUGUGACUAAAACACAACGUUUCAAACAAAACUGGGAAAAGAGACGAUGCUCUUCUCUUGGUUUCUCCAUGUAGAGACUGACUGUCUUCUGCAUGUGAUUGUACAGAUUUCAGUGUAACAUAAGUGAAAAAAACUAAACUAUUUCUUCUACUGUAAAUGUACGUAUGAUUCUUUACUGUUUUUGGGUUAGUACUGUACUCUCAGGACAGUAACACAAAUGAAGAUAUCUGGAAUAGUAAAUGGACAGCAUUUCACCAAUCAAGUUCUUAUUUUUCUGCAGUGAUGGAAUCACAUGGAUGGAAUUCUCUAUGGCGUUGUGUUUAGGGUCCGGUUGCUAGAUGCUAGGUUCCAAGGAUUGAACAAAAAGGUCACCACCAUUUUCCCACUACUUCUCACCUUUGACCUUUUAUGACAUUGAAGGUCUCCAAGAUCUCUUCAUCGGGUAACGACUUGUUCUGAUCACGUCACGAUGACAUCAUGAUUAAUGUGACUUGUUCCGACCACGGCAUGAUGACAUCGUGAUGUAACGACUUGUUCUGAUCACGUCACGAUGACAUCACGAUGUAACGACUUGUUCUGAUCACGUCACGAUGUAAUGAUUCGGGAUAGAAGAAUCAGGGGAAAGAAAGGAAAAGGGAACUUCAUUUUUAGUUUUUACACACUUCUUCUUUUUCUUGAUAUGUUUUGAUGCAGAAGAAUAGAACAAAUAACCACUAACGGAAAGCUGAUGAUUCUGCCUGUUAUAUUAGGUCAGUGAUGCGGUUUUUUAAAGUUUUUUUUUUUUAAGAGACAUUUUAUGGCAAGCAUUCAAAAUGGCACCCUAUUCACUAUUUAGCCCUAUGCACCCUGGUCAAAAGUAGUGCACUAUGUAGGGUUUAGGGUGCCAUUUCGGACAUACACUUACUUUAGUACGGAGUGCAUUAAUAGUAUCAAAUUGCUAGGUUUAUGUGAGUGUGGAAAAUAAAUACAAAAACAAUUCCAGAAUGGAUGAACAAAAAAAAAAACAUUGAGUACAAUUGAUAUCAAACUGUUCAUUUUCAAUGUGGG